AUGCGCGCGGCGAGCGCGCCGAUACGCAUCCCACCGCGCGGCCGCGGCGGCGGCGGCGACGACGACGACGCCACCGACGACCGCGAAAGCCGCGGGUCGGAUGAGACGUCGAGUCUCGACGCGCGAGUGCGCGCGGCGUCGACGUCGCCGCUCCCGAAGCGCCUGCGAACGCGCCUGGAGCUGAGCUCGUCGCGGUGCGGACGGCACGUCGCGAGCGCGGAGACGACGCGGCGGCGGCUGGACGCCGCGGAGAAGAAGCGAACGGUGCGCGCGCGGGUCUUCUUCUUCCCUCUUCGCGUCGUAAAGCGCGUUCUAUUUAUUUCACACUGGUUCCCAUACUACCAUACGACCGCGUUCGCGUUGUGA